AUGGGUCGCGAUUGGAUGGUGAAAGCAGCAUUCCCGACGCCAGUUGUCAGGGGGGGCGGGGGCGGUCGUACAAGCCCUGGGAAUUGCAGCAACGGUAGAACCAGACAGUCCAAUACUCGUCAGACACCAGCCGUUCAAGCAUCCGCCCAUCGAAUACCAGUCAUCCCGACGCCGCCUCCUCAAACGGCAGCCAGGCAGAAUACCAGUCAACCCAACGCUGGGCAGUCCAGUACUAGCGGGACACCAAUGAUUCCAGCAUCAGCCCACCAGACAACAGCCGGACACGAGUCAGCCCUGUACCCGGCAGUCCAGUACUCGCCAGACGCCAACCGUUCCAGCAUCCGCCCAUCGAACACCAGUCAUCACCAUGCCGGCUCGUCGAACGGCAGCCAGGCAGUCCACUACUGGCCAGCCGAAGGCCAGCCUGCGAGACACCAGCCAUUCAAUCUGUUGGCGCUUGAGGCGCUUGAUAGGGCGCGGGCAAAGCGCCGGUAG